AUGGAGUUCUCGUCUUUCUCGGUUUGGAAUUCGUUGAGAAUUACCCAGCAGGAAGUUGAUUGGGCUGUGGUAAUUUGGUUUCCUCAAUGUAUUCCCAAACAUGCUUUCUUGGUUUGGCUGAUUAUGCGCAAGAAAUUACUCACUCAAGAUAAGAUUCUGAAAUGGGGUCUAGAGAGGAGGAAAAAUAUGAACAUGAUGUGCUGUCUUCUAUGCUAUGCGGAUAUAGACUCUCAUGAUCAUCUUUUUUUCGAAUGUAAGUUCUCUGCUCAUGUUUGGUCAUUGGUUCGCUCUAAGGUUGGAAUGGAUACAGUGGAUCCUAAAUGGAGCUCGAUUGUGAAUUGGUUAAUGUCAAGACGAAGAUUGAAGACGGCGGCUAGUUUUGUUGAGCGGAUUCUCGUGGGAGCUACGGCAUACACUAUAUGGCAAGAACGUAAUGCGAGACUUUUCAAAAACCAAACAAGACCGCCGGACUCCCUAAGUGAAGUAAUUUUAACGACUGUCCGAUAUAAACUCAUGGGUAUGAAGUUCAAGCCGUGUGCUAGUGUUAGGCGUUUGAUGGGAGCCUGGGAGAUUCCGGAUGAUGUUUUGAAGAAUGAUGGAGGCUAA